GGAAGUGACGUUCUUACAGCGUAGCCUGCGUAGCGUCCACGUAGCGUCUUAAAUCUUGCCGAGAGUAGCUUUUAUACGUCAAACACUCUGUAAAGAGUUUACCAGUGACACACAACUUUUGCAAAUACAAUGGAUCAAGUAAAGAAACUCACAGAGCCAGCACGCCAAUUUACGAAAGACAGUAUUCGUCUUAUCAAACGAUGUACCAAGCCUGACAGAAAAGAGUUCCAGAAAAUUGCUAUUGCAACAGCCAUCGGUUUUUGCAUAAUGGGUUUCAUAGGAUUCUUUGUUAAACUAAUACACAUCCCAAUUAACAACAUCAUUGUGGGUUCAUAAGUUGACGUUAAAUAGAUACAAUUACCAUUUGAUAAGGCUAUUUCUCCCCCAUGUUCCCUGUUAUAUGUAUCUUUAUUUAUAAAGCAAAACAAUGUAUUCCGUUCUGGAUUGUGAUCGAAGUAUGCGAAUGUGUGUAUAUAUCAUUAUAAUGAAUUUUAUAAUAAAAUGAGCAUAUAAGAUGCA